CUCCAUUUUCACCUUUUUCUUUAAUCUUGUCUCACGCAUACUCACAGAGAGUGAGCUGAAUCGUGGGGUGAUUAAUGGUAUAAACCUGCUUUCUGAGGUUGAGAAGAACCUGAUGCCCAAACCCCCCUUUUCUUGCUUUUCUCUCCCCUUCUUCACUUCCAAUUUCAAUUCUCUCUCUCUCUCUCUCUCCAUUAUACAUCCGAUAACCUCAAUUUCACACCCGUUUUUCUUCACUUAGCAAAGAGUUUCAAAGCUAAAAAGGGUUGAUGGAUUAAUUGGAAAAGUUGAGAUCUUUUUUCUUUAGGUGAGGUGGGGUUUGUUUAAUUCUGCGGUGGUGGGGUAGCGGAGGCGCGGCCUACUGUUGUUAUAUAUAUCCGGCGUUUUUGGGGAGGGGAAGAAGUUCUUGUGACUGUUUUGGCUAAACAGCACAAGGAGGAAGACAAGGAUAGCAGCAGAUGUUAUCCACUGAAAACCCUCCUUCAGAUCUCUGUGAAAUCCCUCAACUGAAAAGUGGUGAUGAUGGCAGUUGUGAGAGUAAUCAGCAGCAGCAGCUGCUUGGGGUAGAUCUGUUGAAGUCAGGCCUUGAUGACAAAAACCCACUUCCCAACUUCUCCAUAAGGGAUUAUGUAUUCAAUACAAGAGGCAAAGAAAUCAAGAAUAACUGGCCAUUCUCUCAGAAGAAUUUGCAGCUUUGUUUGAAGCAUGGAGUGAAGGAUGUAUUGCCUCCUUUCCAGCCUCUGAGAAACCCAUCUCAAAGUGUAGUUGAUAGUUUGAGGUAUUCUGAUGUGAAAUUUCCCGAGUCGAAAGGCUGCGGUGUUUGCAAACGGCCAGCUCUUAACGUUGACAACGUGAACCCGAGUGAAUGUGAAGAGGAUAAAGAAUUUCCAUCAAUUCGAGAGUCCAAGAAGGCUGAAAUCAAUAUUCAAAGCCCAGUUAAGAAGUGCAGAUUGAUUGUUGAACAAAGAGCAAACGGAGAUACUGCUGUGGUUUCGGAAACAAUGACUUCGAAAGUGUGCCCAGUGUGCAAGACAUUCUCAUCGUCUUCUAACACCACUUUGAAUGCCCACAUAGACCAAUGCCUUUCUGGAGAGUCAACAAUCGAAUGGACAGCAAAUCCCAAAGUGAACAAACAUAGAAUAAAACCACGGAAAACAAGAUUGAUGGUCGACAUAUAUGAAACAGCGCUACGCUGUACCUUGGAGGAUCUUGAUAAAAGAAAUGGAACAAGUUGGGCUUCGAAUACGGGCCUUCACCCUCAGGAUCCGGAGGUGUCGAUUGAGGAGGAGGAGAUGAAUAAAACAUGUUCUCCACUGGAUUUUGAAGACAUCAACUGUGAAGGCGGUGCUGUAUAUAUCGACUCAUGUGGCACUAAACUUCGAAUUCUAUCAAAGCUCAACCAUCCAUCUUCAAAGUCGAAUGUUAAUGGUUCCGGAGCAUGCACGUUGGUCAAAAGAGAUAAAGGAAUCCAAUUGCAUUUGACUAAGAAGAAGAAGAAGAAGCAUACUGUCCAGAGACUUGAGGUUCAGAAGAACUCUCUUGAUGGCCAAGGAAGUUGCUCCCCCAUUCCCGAUCAACUUCCAGACUGCCCUCCACAUGGUCCUAAAACUUACUACCCCAUGCUUGAGAUUAAUGAUGGUCAAACGAAGGUUCAUCCCUCUGAAAGUCACGAGGAGGACAAUCCUACAAAGUCCCCUACAGCCUCUGAUCAUAUGAAGUUUAAUGAUUUUGGAAUGAUUAAAGGGUGGGUACGCUCCAAGCGUACUGGUCUUAAAAAGAAGAACAAUCUUGAACUAGAAAUUCAGCAUCCAGAUAAAAGUUUGAAGAACUUGCAAGUAAAAAGUGUUUCAUUACUUGGUGAUAGAGGAAAUAGUGCCCCAAUAUCCCCGAUUUCAUCCAAUGAAAAUCCCGUGUUACCUCCUGAAGGCCUCAAAAGAAAGGAGAACCCAUGCAGAUCUCUUGAAGGAGUCCACGAACUGCCUUGUUUAAGAAAGGGACCCGGAUUUUCUUCGUUGAGAUCUGAACACAGAACUGUAAAGAAGAAUCAUUUGGCGUCCAAAUUUAAUGUUAAGCAGUCAAGAAAAGACAUCUCAUCAGGUCAUGAGCGGCUUUUGGAUCCUCCAAAUCGUGCAGAAAAUCCGGCCCCUUCUCGCAGUAAUAAGAGAAUCGGGAGCAGCAGUCUGACGUUGAAAAAUGUUAGCUCUUUUGGAGGCUCAAGCAUCUCCCACCAUCGUACUUUUUCUAAUGAAGGUGUGAUAGCUACUCCCAAAAAAAGGUCGUUGGGCCAUGCAAUAUCACCUGGAGGUAGGAAAUUUUCGUCUUUGAGGACAAUGCUGUUGUCUGUUAAGCAUCUAUCUGGUGAGGAACCGAAGAAGAACUUAGGGAAAGAUCUUUCAAGUUUCAAGAACCCUUGGAUGCAUUGCACAUCACGAUCAGAUGAUGAGGCAGUAGUCUCACAACCUACAUAUCAUGUAGAAGAUAAUCUUGUAGUGAAAAAGAACCGUGGUGAGCCUUUGAGAAAUAGAACUGGGGUUUUGAAACUUCAUAAGAGGAUAGGGAGAUUUGUGAACACAAGUGAAGGAGACAUGACGUCUAAGGGUUCAGAAACAUCGCACGAGUCUGAUAGUGAUAAUGUUGGGAACAAAAUUGAUUCUUUUAUGGCUGGCAGUGUUCCUAUUGAUAGUGUCUUGGGAGAAGAGGUUGAAAUGAUGGAUGAUUUUGUUUGUGAACCAGCUGAAACUGAUGGAGAAGAUUUUGUUUCCUUUAACAAAUCACUGGAUUCUGCAUUUCCUGUUGGAUCCGUUUCACAAUAUUAUAGCAAAGCAUAUGAUGGACAUUGCCCGACUGAGCUAGUGUUCCAUUCUGACCGAGAGAUGUUUCGUGCAGACAAUGCCGGUGAAAACUUGGUUACUCCUGAUAGUCAUGAAAUGUCAGAAAUGGAUGGUGAUGAAGCUCAAGGAAACUACUUUGUUGAUGUCGAUCCAAUUCCCAUACCGGGACCACCAGGCUCGUUUUUGCCGAGUCCUGGGCGUAUGGGCUCGGAAGAACUAUUGGGACUUUCAUCAUUGACCACUUGUCGGAUACAAUCUUCUGAUGGUGGGCAUGAAGUUGUUGAUAUGGAUUCAUCGGAUUCUCCCAUUUCUGCAAUGUCAACAGUGUCGAAUUCCAUUGCGGGAAGAUCUAGUUCGAUAUCCACCACUAACUUAACUGCACAAUCACACUUCACAGCAGAGAGGAACAAUCCUGUUGUCGAAGGUUUUCCUCCCUUUGAGCAGAUUGCUUGUGUAGAAAAAGAGCCUAACCAUGUCAAGAUGAGUUAUGAAGUCCAGAAUAUCCAACCAUGUUGUUGCUCUAGGAAGGAUGCCUCGCUGCAAGGUGGUUCUUUGAAUUAUCAAGAAUCACAAAUUUUAAGGCGACGGGCUGUGACUCCACUCUCAGCUAUUCCCCAGGAGAAGAAGAUAACCAAGAAUGAAAUCUGCUUCAUCGACUUAACUGCAGAAACACUCUCUGAGAAGGAGCCGACGAAUUCAGCCUUAGGUCAUGUUCCUCAUAAUCCCGAGGCAAUGUUCCGAGAUAUUGAGUUUCCAAGCCCUUCUACUUCAAAUCCUGUCCUGAGACUGAUGGGGAAGAACUUAAUGGUUGUGAAUAAAGAGGAUAAUCUGCCUAGCCAGUCGAGCACGAUGAUAGAGCAUCCCGGUGUGAGGUUAUGUGCUGAAAAUGGCAGACAUAACCAGAAUGAGCCCAACUCCUUUCAUCAUAUGCUAUCUCAAGGUCCUUCUUACAUGCCUGCACACCACUCAGACUACAAUCCUUCUGAUCCUUUCAAGAUUCCUCCUAACUAUAGGCCACCUUGUCAUCCGCCAACGACAAUGAAUCCGAGUGUGAAACCCACUUCUGCUCCGGGAUAUCACGAAUAUGGUAAUGGGUUCAGUUUGAUCAGCCCUGACACCCGCACAACAGCGUAUGAUAGCGAGUGGGCACUCAGAAGGAAGAUUCUUCUGGUGGCGGAUGCAAGGAAAUAAUCAUCAUCAUCGAUGACUCACCAGAGAGCGAAGAGGUGCUUGACGAACAUGGAAUCAGUGCCGUUGCCAGGUUCUCGUGAUGACCGGUUAAGCGACUUUGUUUUGCAUCGAAAUGUGGCAUCUGAUGGCUUGAGUUUUCAUAUUUGAAAGGGGCAAGAUAAUAUAUAGAGUCUGAUGAAGGUUAUGAUGAGAGAUGAGUGUUGAUCUUGUAUACCGAGUUGCAUUAAGAUAACUCUUUUUGUGUGUAAAAGGAAAGGAUCUUUCUUUGAAUAAUAAGUUGAAUUAAGAUGGUAGUAACUGUUUUUGUA